GAACAUAGAUAUGGAAUUCCCCUUAAAGGAUAUUAGAAGAGUGUUGAGUGGUGGUGGUGAGAGUAAGUGCAACAAGGGUUUCUCCAGCAGCUACAUGCUUGUGAACCCCCAAGAAGUGAAGAUCUUGGAACUUGGAGGCCUCCUGUUUACGAAGAAUCUGAUAAAAAAAUUAAACUUUGUAGAUUCGAGUCACCCCAAUGAAUUCAAUUUCUGGCAUAGAUUCUUCAUCUUCCUAUCCAUCAUCGUCCUAAAGCUCCUCCAAGUAUUUGCCACUCCACUCGCAUUUUUUGGCUUCUGCCUGGAGUUCUCCCUUAAUUUUUUAUCCACAAACGAGGGCUUCUUUGGCAUCUUUCUCAAUAUCUUACGACUGAAGUUGACAAUACCGGAGAGGUCAUCAGCGGAGUACCGGUCGGUGAUUGGUCAUUUGGAUAGAAGGAUAACGUUAGACAAAAAUAUAAAGCCCGGAGAUGUCAAUUACUUCGGAGCUCUUUGCAUGAUGGCUUCUAAACUUGCUUAUGAGAAUCAGGCUCGCGUUCAACAUAUUGUCAAUAACGUUUGGAAGAUGAAGCUCUUGGGAUUUUUCAACUUUUGGAAUGAAUAUGAAGAAAAUUGCUCAACACAAGCGUUCAUGAUGCGGGAUACAAAAGUUGAUCAGCACGAUACUAUCAUCGUCUCCUUUAGAGGUACAGAGCCAUUCAAUGCCGAUGACUGGUGCUCUGAUUUUGACAUCUCUUGGUACGAGAUUAAAGGCGUCGGAAAAAUUCAUGGAGGAUUUAUGAAAGCACUUGGCUUACAAAAAUCCAUUGGAUGGCCCAAAAAAAUAGACCGACAAGACCAAGAAAGACGUCCUUUGGCAUAUUACACCCUCAGAAAAAGGCUUAAAAAACUUAUGAAAGAAAAUGAGGGUGCUAGGUUUGUGGUGACGGGGCACAGCCUGGGUGGGGCUUUGGCUAUAUUAUUUCCUUUUAUUUUGGCAUUUCAUGACCAAAAAUUACUACUCGAGAGAUUAGAAGGAGUGUACACAUUCGGACAACCUCGGGUUGGAGACCGCAAAUUAGGAGAGUUUAUGUUGAAAACAUUCUCACGUUACAAUAUUCGUUACUACAGAUUCGUUUAUGGUUUCGACAUGGUUCCUAGACUGCCCCUUGACGACAAGGCCUUGAUGUUCAAACACUUUGGACCCUGUAUUUAUUUCGAUCGAAACUAUGUUGCAAAGGUAAGUUGAGAUUAAUUUUGUUGUAUGGUGUAACUGUUUUAUGUUAUU